UGGCAUAAAAAAGUUGGGAGACGGAUCUGGCUGCUGGGAAUCUGGCUCAGCCCGCAGACUGCUGAUGUUUACUCUGUGUCCAGUUGACAAACAGUCUAGAUAUCCUUGUUCGUUUCUAAGGGAACAACGAUCUAUGUGAUGGGAAAAAGAAAAGGAAUACAUUUUUCUUCCUGAAAAUACUUUGUACGAUAUUUUAGUUUCCAGAGACGAGCUAACUUAGAAAGCUGUCAAGGACUUGAAGAAGCAAAGCAGCCCCAGAGCAUCACACUGCCACCACCGUGUUCAACCACCAUACGAUGUUCAUUUUCCUGAAAUUCUGUGGUGUUGUGGGUCAUGGGCAGCUUCCAGGGCCACGUUCUCCCCGGGACCGUAUUCCUGAUAAUAGGGAUCUGGUGGGCGGGAAAGUUCUCCCUCUGGCACACCACCCGCAGGAACAAAAGCUUUGGCUCCACCCGGCUCGCCAGCAGGACCUUGCAGCGACGCCUGGAGAUAAUUGAAAACUGUUUUUUUCUCUUCUGCUCUGUUACUGGUAUGAUCUGCGAGCAGUAUGUCGCAAACGGCCCGAUGCUUCGUUUGUAUGACUUUGCAGAGAAACACUGGGAACAACUGCACAUCUGGCAGCACACAACCAUGUACCUGUUCUUCUUCCUGGCCGCCGUCGUGUCUCUGAUUCUCCACACGACCAAGGCCUUGCCGGUGGCCCUGGACAAGCUGAUGCUGGGGAUCGCGUUCUUUGUCGAAGGGUUCCUCUUCCUCUACCACCUCCAUGGACGGACCAUGCUGGAUGUCCACGUUCAUCAGCUCCUGCUCUACGCCAUCUUUGGCGAGAGUCUUAUUUUCUUCCUGGAGGUCUUCCACAGAGACAACAUCAUCCUGGACCUGUUGUGCUGCACCCUCACCCUCCUGCAAGGCAGCUGGUUCUGGGAGAUCGGUUUCGUGCUGUACCCUUCCAACGGCACUGUGUGGGACAUGAAAGACCACAACACCAUGAUGUUUAUCACCAUGUGCUUCUCCUGGCACUUAGCCUUUGCCAUUCUAGUCGUUGGUGUGGUGUACGGCACCGUCAGCUGCGUGGUUCGCUCCAGACUCAAAAGGACUCCUCCGAUGGAAAUGGGACUUCUGAAGCCCCGGGAGCGGGAUGCCGAGUCAGAGGAUGAGAUUUUAUGAGGACUGUUGUGCGACAUUU